GCUGCUACUGGUCACACGUGGGUCCAGAAGUUUAUCAAUGUGGUUUAAUUAGAAACCAUGUCCAAGAGGGAUAAAGCUAUGGCAGAUAAAAAUGUCGCUUGUGAUGAAGGACACGGAGAGGAGGAGAUUCAGGAGCCACCGCCGGAGACCAGGCGGACCCGCAGCGGCCGCAGAGUGCGCACUCCGGCCGCACUGCUCGACUCUGAAGCUCCGGUGAGGACCCCCAGCCGGAGGACCAGGAGGUCCGUCAUCCAGGAGGUGCCGGCGGCGGAGGAGACAGCGGCGGAGGAGCCAGUGCUGACACCGGUGGAGGAGCCAGUGCUGACACCGGUGGAGGAGAAGCCUAGCGUGUGUGCCGACCAGGAGCCGGAGCCAGUCACUUCGGCUCCAGCAAACACAGUCAAAUCCCGUGCGGUUACCGGGAACGGAGACGGUCAUGUAUCCGAGCCUGUAGCUGCCGAAACGGCGCCCGCGAGUUCAGAGAGCGACCCUCCAUCACUCAAGAAGCCUCGCUUGGGUCCAAAACCAACUCCAGUUAUUCCGCUCGGAAAACCCAAAUCAGGGAGAGUGUGGAAGGACCGCAGCAAGCAGAGAUUUUCUGCGGUAGUAAGAGAUAAAUCAGUGUGCUCUUCAUGGGAAAAGAAGAUGGAGGCCAAGCGUGAGAAAGACCUGGUGAAACAGUAUUGUUUGCAGCUUAAAGACGAGAAAGCCAAACAGAAAGAGGACAAGAGGAAAAGGAGAGAAGACAACUUGAAACGACGUGCGGAGAACGAACGCAAAUCAGAGAUUGUGCAAGUGAUCCGUAACACAGCCAAGAUCAAGAGGAUGAAGAAGAAACAACUGAGGAAGAUCGAGAAGAGAGACACUCUGGCACUUCUGCAGAAAUCUCAGAAGCAGAAGGCAAAAGCCAAAGCGCAAAAAACCAACACGACUGACCAAAGUUAACAUUUCACUUAAGACUGAUACUAAAAAUGGAUCUGCCCAGUCCUUUGUUUGCAUGUUGUGACAUCUAAAAACACAACAAGCAAAACAUGAAGGACUAGUUAAUCAUAGAGGAUUUAUUCACAAAAGAACCCAACCCAAUGAAAUGUUUUAAUAAAGGAGUGUUUAACGGUAAAUUGUAUCAUCAUCAGUGAACAUUAAGCUUCAACUCUCUAUGUUGUCCUUUUUUAGAUUGUACGUAUCAUAGUUAUGAUUUGCUGCAUUGCCCUGAUGUGUUUUCUGAAAGGUGCUUGUGUGCCUGUAAAAACAAAAUAUAUAAGUGAAACUUUGUCUCACUUACAGGAUUUCUAUUGAAUAAAAAUAUCUUCUAAAAAACAA